CACCAGAGGAGCCUGAGGACCGGCUCAGGGCUGGACUCCGGGCUACCUCUUGAUGGCCACKCAGCGGCAUCUGGGGACCUGGCGCUGAGGCCGCCCUCGGCCGGGAUCUGCCUCUUCAGCGGACCCGGGCGCUGGAGUGAGGCCCCGGACCAGGGAGACGGCCCAGGCGGGGGAAACCUUAUCCUGGGCCUGGACCGGAGAGGGGGAAACUCGAUCUUUGGGACUUUGAACAAGUAAAAUGCGAGAAGUUUGCUAAUAAAGCUAUCACCAAAGGUUAGAAACAAAAUCAAGUAGAAGAAAUGCUUAUAGUAUGGCAUGUGGGAACACCUCUACAGCAGAUAGUCUUGUGUUAGGGGCUAUCCAGAUUAUGAUUGGCAUUUUUCAUAUUUUCAUGUGGUAUUUCCUAUUGGUUUUGUAUAUGGGACAAAUUAAAGGAGUCUUUGGGACAUAUGAACCUAUAACUUACAAAACAGGAUGUGCUUUUUGGGGAAUUUUUUAUAUUGUGUCAGGAGCUUCCACAAUAAGAUCAACACAGAAAUCGAGUCAAUACCUGACGAUAUGGGCUUUGAYCAUGAACAUCUUCUCUGUAAUUACUGCAUUUAUUGCACUAUGUCUAACRGUAUUUGAGUUGUCUACUUUUCAUAGUGUGUCAUAUAGGAAUUAUGGACAAGCGAACGAAACAGAAGAUCAGAGGACCCCACGUCGUAGCAGCUCCCUGAAACUGAACAAAAAAACCAGUUCUGCAAGGACAAAUAAAGAACAAACAGAGGAUCUGAGGAAACCACAUUCUCGUAGCAGCUUCCUGAGUCUGAGCAAAAAAUCCAGUUCUACAAGGGCAAGUCAAGUCUCUGAAUCCUGAAGAUAUUUCAACUGAAACAGAAGAGAGCUCUGUUUGAAAACGUUAGAAAUGUGAGAUUUUUACUGGUGUUGAUAUCUGAUAUGGGUAAUAAUGAUGUUUCUGUAGAACAAACCUGGUACAAAGCCCACAGAUUUCUGUGCAAAAGAAAAUACAAAAYAAGUUGGACUUUUCACCUUAGUAUUCAAGAAAUUUCUCUACGUAAAUUUUUCUAGGCUCCAUGGAGAAAGCAAUUCCGUACAUAAACAUGAGAUUAUUACAAGAGAGGGUUUGUUAUCUAGGUACUCCAAAUAGCUCUCAACUUUCCCUUACACAGAUUUUGUAAAAGAGCAUUGAAAAGUUUAUUUCCAGAGUGCAGUCUAUAAAGACUUAAAGUAUGAUGUAUAAUUCACAGGAAAGCUAAUUUAUGUUUGUAAGGGUAAAAAGCACAUUUCAUAUUCUUGAGUUCUUCUACCUGAACUAGCUUCUACUUAACAAGUAUGAAUCAAAAUGCCAC